AUGGACCCCAGUGAAUUCCCCAGUCCGUUUGACCCGUUGACCCUGCCAGAGAAGCCCCUGGCUGGAGACCUUCCAGUAGACAUGGAAUUUGGAGAGGAUCUGCUGGAAUCUCAGACUGCCCCAACUCGAGGAUGGGCGCCCCCUGGCCCUUCUCCAUCCUCAGGAGCCCUGGACCUGCUUGAUACCCCUGCUGGCCUGGAAAAAGACCCUGGAGUUCUGGAUGGAACCACUGAGCUGCUGGGGCUGGGGGGGCUGCUCUAUAAAGUCCCCUCCCCCCCAGAGGUGGACCAUGGUCCCGAGGAGACCCUUGCGUGGGAUGCAGAUCAGACCCUAGAGCCUGGACCAGGGGGCCAGACCCCUGAGGUGGUGCCACCUGACCCAGGGUCUGGGGCGAACCUCUCUUCACCCGAGGGGCUGCUAGAAUCUUUGGCUGCAGAUUCUCCAAUAAAUCUUCAGUCCCCACAUAUGGAAGAGGAGGAGACCACCUCCAGAGCCACGGGGAGAAGGGGCUCCCCUGGGCUGGAGGAGGAUCUUCCCCAAGGGCAGCCACAGAGCCCAAAUGGCCCCCCCAGCCCUUCAGUGGGAGAGAGACUGGGGGAUGGAAUCAACAGUUCUCAGACCAAACCUAGGGGCCCCAGCCCCCCUGCACACCCUUCGUUACCAGGAGAUGGCCUGACUGAGAAGCCGCCUGAGAGGGUACAGAAGAGAAGUGAGCGCGUUAGAAGAGUAGAACCUCCAAAACCUGAGGUUGUGGAUUCCACUGAGAGCAUUCCAGUAUCAGAUGAGGAUUCUGAUGCCAUGGUAGAUGACCCCAAUGAUGAGGAUUUUGUGCCAUUCCGGCCCCGGCGCUCUCCUCGCAUGUCCCUACGCUCCAGCGUGGCACAAAGGGCCGGGCGCUCUGCGGUGGGCACCAAGAUGACUUGUGCGCAUUGCCGGACACCGCUGCAGAAGGGGCAGACGGCCUAUCAACGCAAGGGGCUGCCUCAGCUCUUUUGUUCCUCAUCCUGUCUCACCACUUUCUCCAGAAAGCCCUCGGGCAAAAAGACCUGUACCUUCUGCAAGAAGGAGAUCUGGAACACCAAGGACUUGGUGGUGGCACAGACUGGUGCGGGAGGCUCCUUCCACGAGUUCUGCACAUCCGUCUGCCUCUCCCUGUAUGAGGCCCAGCAGCAGCGCCCAAUCCCCCAGUCCGGGGAUCCUGCCGAUGCUACUCGCUGCAGCAUAUGCCAGAAGACUGGAGAGGUCCAGCAUGAGGUCAGCAAUGGCAGCGUGGUGCACCGGCUCUGCAGUGAUUCUUGCUUCUCCAAAUUCCGGGCCAACAAGGGACUGAAAACCAACUGUUGUGACCAGUGCGGGGCUUACAUCUAUACCAAGACCGGGAGCCCGGGCCCCGAGCUCCUCUUUCAUGAGGGCCAACAAAAGCGGUUCUGCAACACAACCUGCUUGGGGGCGUACAAGAAGAAAAACACACGUGUGUACCCCUGUGUCUGGUGCAAGACCCUGUGUAAGAACUUUGAGAUGCUAUCACAUGUGGAUCGUAAUGGCAAGACGAGCUUGUUCUGUUCCCUCUGCUGUACCACCUCUUACAAAGUGAAGCAGGCAGGGCUCACUGGCCCUCCCCGACCCUGCAGCUUCUGCCGCCGCAGCCUCUCUGACCCCUGUUACUACAACAAGGUCGAUCGCACAGUCUACCAGUUCUGCAGCCCCAGCUGCUGGACCAAGUUCCAGCGUACAAGCCCCGAAGGGGGCAUUCACCUGAGCUGUCACUACUGCCACAGCCUCUUCAGUGGCAAGCCUGAGGUCUUGGACUGGCAGGACCAGGCGUUCCAGUUCUGCUGUCGUGAUUGCUGUGAGGAUUUCAAGCGGCUUCGGGGUGUGGUGUCCCAGUGUGAGCAUUGCCGGCAGGAGAAGCUCCUGCAUGAGAAACUCCGGUUCAGCGGGGUGGAAAAGAGCUUCUGCAGCGAAGGCUGCGUGCUGCUGUACAAACAGGACUUCACUAAGAAGCUGGGACUGUGCUGUAUCACUUGUACUUACUGCUCCCAGACCUGCCAGCGUGGAGUCACUGAGCAGCUGGACGGCAGCACCUGGGACUUCUGCAGUGAGGACUGUAAGAGCAAGUACCUGCUGUGGUACUGCAAGGCUGCCCGGUGCCAUGCCUGUAAGCGACAGGGGAAGCUGCUAGAGACCAUCCACUGGCGCGGGCAGAUCCGUCAUUUCUGCAACCAACAGUGUCUGCUGCGCUUCUAUAGCCAGCAGAACCAACCCAACUUGGACACCCAGAGUGGGCCCGAGAGCCUCCUGAACAGUCAGUCUUCUGAGGCGAAGCCCCAGACAACCUCUCAAACCAAAGUUGAGAACAGCAAUACAGUGAAGACACCAGAGGAAAAUGGGAAUCUGGGCAAGAUCCCUGUGAAGAUCCGGUUGGCUCCCUCUGCUUCUACUCCCCCUCCCUCUGCACCACCCCCAGCCACACCCCGCAAAAACAAAGCUGCCAUGUGUAAGCCUCUGAUGCAGAAUCGGGGGGUCUCCUGCAAAGUGGAGAUGAAGUCCAAAGGGAGUCAGACAGAAGAGUGGAAGCCACAGGUGAUUGUGCUGCCCAUCCCAGUGCCCAUCUUCGUGCCAGUGCCUAUGCAUCUGUACUGCCAGAAAGUCCCGGUGCCUUUCUCAAUGCCCAUCCCGGUACCUGUGCCCAUGUUCCUGCCCACUACCUUGGAGAGCACAGACAAGAUUGUGGAGACUAUUGAGGAGCUGAAGGUGAAGAUCCCUUCCAACCCCUUGGAGGCUGACAUCCUGGCUAUGGCAGAAAUGAUCGCAGAGGCUGAAGAGUUAGACAAAGCUUCAUCUGACCUUUGUGAUCUUGUAAGCAACCAGAGUGCAGAGGGACUUCUGGAAGAUUGUGACCUGUUUGGGCCAGCUCGAGAUGAUGUCCUGGCAAUGGCUGUUAAGAUGGCCAAUGUCUUGGAUGAACCUGGGCAAGACUUGGAGGCAGACUUCCCCAAGAAUCCUUUGGACAUUAACCCCAGUGUAGACUUUCUCUUUGAUUGUGGCCUGGUAGGGCCUGAGGAUGUGUCUACUGAACAAGACCUUCCCCGAACCAUGAGGAAGGGUCAAAAGCGGCUGGUGCUUUCAGAGAGCUGUUCCCGGGACUCCAUGAGCAGCCAGCCAAGCUGUACUGGACUUAACUAUUCAUAUGGUGUCAAUGCUUGGAAGUGCUGGGUGCAAUCAAAAUAUGCCAAUGGAGAAACCAGCAAGGGUGAUGAGUUGCGCUUUGGCCCGAAACCUAUGCGUAUCAAAGAAGAUAUUCUGGCCUGCUCAGCUGCUGAGCUCAACUAUGGUCUGGCCCAGUUUGUGAGAGAAAUCACUCGACCCAACGGUGAAAGAUAUGAACCCGACAGCAUCUACUACCUGUGUCUUGGCAUCCAACAGUAUCUACUGGAAAAUAACCGAAUGGUGAACAUUUUCACGGACCUUUACUACCUGACUUUCGUUCAAGAGCUCAACAAAUCUCUGAGUACCUGGCAGCCCACACUCCUUCCCAACAACACAGUGUUCUCCCGAGUGGAGGAAGAACACCUCUGGGAGUGUAAGCAGCUGGGGGUCUACUCACCCUUUGUCCUUCUCAACACCCUCAUGUUCUUCAACACUAAGUUUUUUGGGCUGCAGACGGCUGAGGAACACAUGCAGCUCUCCUUCACCAAUGUGGUGCGGCAGUCCCGCAAGUGCACCACCCCCCGGGGCACCACCAAGGUGGUGAGCAUCCGCUACUAUGCCCCUGUCCGCCAGCGGAAAGGGCGAGACAUGGGUUCUGGGAAGCGGAAGAGAGAAGAUGAAGCCCCUAUCUUAGAGCAGCGUGAGAACCGCAUGAAUCCCCUCCGCUGCCCUGUCAAGUUCUAUGAAUUCUAUCUCUCAAAAUGUCCUGAAAGCCUCCGGACUCGCAACGAUGUGUUCUACCUGCAACCCGAGCGGUCCUGCAUCGCUGAGUCACCUCUCUGGUACUCUGUGAUCCCCAUGGACCGAAGCAUGUUGGAGAGUAUGCUCAAUCGCAUCCUAGCUGUGCGUGAGAUUUAUGAGGAGCUGGGUCGUACUGGGGAUGAAGACCUGGACUGA